CUACUACAUUCUUUACACUUCACAAGCUUCCGUGACCAAAAAUCUCAGUUUCUCUCGUGUGGUCGUAGCAAACCCUAGAUCGAAUAAUGUCUGGAGGGUACGGUCAUGAUGGCGGAGGUGGUUCUGCGCCAUCUUCCUAUGGAGCUAGUGGUGGAUACGGUUCAACCGGUGGUUACGGAGGUGGCGCAGGUGGAAAUUAUGGAGGAGGCAGCGCUGGUGGUUAUGGCGGGAAUGAAAGCGGCGGUGGUUACGGAGGGAAAGGUAGCGGAAACGGUGGUGGCGCCGGAUAUGGAGGUGGCGAUGGUGGAGGUGGAGGUUAUGGCGGAAGGAGUGGAUACGGUGGAACCGAUGGAGGGGGAUAUGGUGGAAGAGGCGGCGGUGGCAGUAGGGGAAGUGGUGGAUAUGGAGGUCGAGGUGGUGGUGGUGGAUUUCAAGGCGGAGAUCGCGGUGGUAGAGGUGGUGGUGGCCGUGGUGGCCGCGGUGGAGGUGGAAGUGGCAGAGAUGGAGAUUGGCGUUGCCCUAAUGAAAGUUGUGGGAACGUGAACUUUGCCAGAAGAAAUGAGUGUAACAAGUGUGGCACUCCAUGUCCUACCAGCGGUAAUGACCGCAGUGGCGGUGGUAGUGGUGGUGGAUAUAAUAGAGGAGGAAGUGGCGGGGGAUAUGGCAGUAACCAAGGCGGUAGAUCUGGGAACUACGAUGGAGGUAGAACUAAUGACUAUAACGGUGGAAGGAGUAAUAACAAUGAUGGCCGUGGUGGAGGGAGCAAUAGGGGUGGCUCAUAUGGUGGUGGUAAUCAAGGCAGAGACGAUGGGGGCUAUGGUCAAGCUCCUCCUCCUGCUGCUGCUCAGUCUUAUGGUGGUGGUGGAAACUACCCUCCUACUUAUGGUGGGAAUGCAAAUUAUGGAACAGAUGCUGUUCCUCCACCCACAAGCUAUACUGGUGGACCUAAUUCAUAUCCUCCUUCAUAUGGAGGGAACACUGGUGGUUAUGGUGGAGAUAAUCAAGGUGAUGCACGGAGUGGUGGUAGGGCUGCACCUCCAGCUGGGCACGACAGUGGUAAUCGUGGUGGAUUUGGUGGAGCUCCUUCUGAGUCAGCAGCUCCAGUGAAGCAGUGCGAUAAGAAUUGUGGAGAUACAUGUGACAACUCUAGAAUCUACAUCUCAAACUUACCACCCGAUGUGACUGUUGAUGAAUUGCAACAACUUUUUGGAGGCAUUGGACAAGUUGGAAGAAUUAAGCAGAAGAGGGGUUAUAAAGAUCAAUGGCCUUACAACAUAAAGAUUUAUACCGAUGAGAAUGGAAAAAACAAGGGUGAUGCAUGCCUUGCUUAUGAAGAUCCCUUUGCAGCUCACUCUGCUGGCGGUUUUUACAACGACUAUGAUUUGAGGGGUUACAAAAUCAGUGUUGCAAUGGCAGAGAAAUCUGCACCAAGGGCUCCACAAGCAAAUAACCAUGGGGGCAAUAGGGGUGGCUAUGGUGGAGAUAGGCGCAGAGACAAUUCAGGCCCUGAUCGACGGGAUCAUUAUAGUGGGAAUCGGUCACGCCCAUACUAGAGAUUUGUGAUUAAACGUUUUAUGUAUACUGUGGUCUGAGGGAUUUAUUAUUUCAGUUGGCUGGUAUCUUGAACUGGAUGCUAAGAGGUAGGUUGUUCGCUUACUCUGAGCAAGACCUCUUCGCUCCUCUGCUUUUUCGUUUAUUAGUAGGGGGUUGAGUUUUUAGUUGGGGAUUAAUUUGAUUAUGUGAAUGUUUUUAUAGAGGCAUGUGGAUAGUCUCCAAAUAAUCGCUGCUAAAGUAGGUUGAUUAUUACAGGUGAGUGCUGCUUUCAUGAAAACAUGCUUUAUACUUGCUUGAUAUUAAACCAUGUGUCAUUAUGUGGAUAAAUGCUUGCAUCCCUGGCUCAUCCCAUGUGGCAUCUGGUACAAGCAGGUGAUUGCAUUAAUGAAUAGAAUACUGUAUAUCAGUCAUAUUUUGAUGGAUCAAUUAUCCCAUUUAGUUA